AUGGACAACCCAAUCACCGAACAAAUGAGCAAUUUGACCUUCCAUCGAGGCUCGUGGGGCUCUGUAUCGUCUACCUUCUCCAACCUCGAGAUGUCUUUCUCCCACGACAGCUGCUAUGGCUCAGAUGAAAUCUCGGUCACAUCGAAUGGUUGCACUCCAGCUCAGUCAGGUGGAUCGACUUCCACCACCAAACCAACUUUGCGUCCUUUCUUGAAAUCGAUACUCAAAAACUCGACCAUUUCACUUGACACUGAUGAGGAGUCCGGUUCGGAAUCAGGCUAUAGCUCGGAUGGAAUUGAUUUUGAGUAUGAUGCGCUCUCCUAUGAAUCUGGCGAAGAUGAUGGUGAUGAUUCGGACUUCUCAGUCUGGGAUGAAACACAUGGAGACAUCCCUCAGACGCACGAGGAUCACACAGAUUUGUUUGACGAUGCCUUCAUCUCCUUUGAGGAGAAUUCCGUGCGCUUUGACCCGCAGGUAGAAUACAUUGACAACGUAGAAUUAUCAGAUGACGAAGCUCCUGAUCACCAAAUGACCUGCCAUGAAAUGAUGAUGCUUGCUCGGGACUCCAAAGGUACCCAAACACUUCUGGAUCAACUCGACCAAAUGGACAUCGCUGAGUCCGACAAAAAUGAUGACUGUCACCCAGAGGAGUUUUCGCGUGAUGCCGUGGACUUGGACUGCAACCUUUUUGUCGCUUACAUGAAUGGAAUCCACGGGAUUGCCGCCUCGAAGUACGAGACGUACCUUAGAGUUCAGGUUGACCACAUUCGCUUGGGCAAAGACACCGAAUUCGUGGAACCGGAGGGUGCACCUUCAUUGUACCUUGACCUAGUCUCCAACCAUGUCACAGGCACCUUCUGUAACCUCCUUGCUGAAGAUGAGCUCAACGAGUUGAUCAGACUCCGCGCAGAAGAGCAAAUAGGCAACCAACCCGAUUCCGGCUGCUCGAUCCUAGACCUGGAUCACCACCAAGCCCUCUUGAACAAAAUUGAGAAAUUCCUGCUUGACAGAUUGGCGAGUGGGCGUGUCGACAUUGGUCCUGAUGAGCUGAGCUUCUUCGCUGGCGGCAUUGCGCACGACCUCGGGACCAAACUCUUGCCUGCACAGGUCUAA